GCAACAGGGCAACAGGGUCAGCGUUACCCUCCUGGACCACCACAUCAACCCCAGCCCCAUCAGACCCAUUCUGCUAAAAUGCAACAGCAGGCAGGGCAGCAGGGUCAGCCUAUGCACCCCCUUAACCACCCCCAACACCCACAAAAUCUGCCCCAGCCUCAAAACCAGCCUCACCUUGCACCCCCAGCUCAGGGAUCCUACCCCUCUCCCUCAUCAUUGUCUCCCAUGCGGGUUUUGGGAACCCCAACACCUCCUCCCCAACAAGGCAGACCCCCCAGUGCAGGACUUGCUGGAACCCAAGAGGCUGCAGGGUAUACAUCUCUGCAGUCUCCACCCAGUGCUAUUCCUCAUCCACAAAGACCCCCCCAAACCCCUCUGUCUGGCCCACACCCCCAACACCAGCAGCCACACAACAUGCCCCCCAACACGGGGCAGAUGUUUCCUGGUAUGGGGCAGCAGAGAGGCUCACAGUUGGCUCCAGUCAGGCCUCAGCUACAGCUACAGCAAGGGCCUCUAGAAGUUCCAAUCAUCCAGGGGGGAGACCAGCGUCUUCUCCAGGCCCAGCAGCAGGCUUCACGGAACGCUCAGACCCUGCAGUCCAAUCCAAUGGGCUUCCAGGGUCCGUCUGUGGGUCAACAUGGCAUUCCAGCUCCAAACCAGGCGUUGGCGCCUCCUGCUCAGAGUGCUCCGAGUCAGCACACACACCUGGCUCCCCACACUCAGCACCUGCAGAGCACACCUCCUCCCCCCAACCAAGCCUCCCACACAUGGGCACCUCCACCUCCUGCCUCUCACCCGCUCUCCUCACCCCCUCUUACCCCACAGAAAGUGCCUCACGUACAGCAUUCCCCCACUGACCCAUCAGGAGACGCCUCAAUGAUGGUUCCUGACAGGCCCACGGUCGGCACCGGCUCCCCUGGCAAGCCUAUCAGCACAGAGCAGACCAACAACCAGGAGACCAAGCCAAAAAAGAAGAGGAAGAAGAAAACAAAAGCGUUGGACGGUGUGGAAGAAGAGGUGGAGAACAAGGCUACAGAGGAAGUCAAGUCUGAAUUUCCUGCUACAGGAAGUGAUGCAGGUGAGCAGGUUACUGGCACAGGAACUGUAGAUGGAUGUUCACCACCAGUGGAGGAGAAGAAAAAACGCAAAAAGAAACCAAAGGAGAAGACGGAGGGCAAGGAGCCCAAAGAGCCCAAAACCCCCAAGACGCCCAAAACCCCCAAAACUCCCAAAGAGCCCAAAGAGCCCAAGGAGAAGAAGACCAAGAGCUCAACGCCCAAGACCAAGACUCCCAAGAAACCCAGCAGUAAGAAGGUUGAGACUGACGACGGGACGAGUGCUGCUAAAAAGGAUUCAAAGAGGAAGAGAGAGUCUUCAGUCAGUGAAGAUGUUGAGAUAAAGUCUCCGCCCACGUCACCUCCUGAGGAGGAAGAUGAUGAUGGUGUGCAGAAGCGCCGCUCCAGCCGUCAGGUGAAGAGGAAGAGGUACACAGAGGACCUGGAGUUCAGGAUCUCAGAGGACGACGACAGCGGGGAUGACUCACCAGCACCCAAGUCACCUUCAUCAUCGUCACAACAGCAGGAUGUCGUCGAGGCAGAAGGGCCUGUGGUGGAGAAGAUCAUGGGCAUGCGAACCACCAAGAAACAGCUGGAGGAGAAUGAAGUGGAGGUGGAGGAGUUCUAUGUCAAGUUCAAGGGCUUUUCGUACCUUCACUGUCGCUGGGCAGACCUGGAGGAGCUGGAAAAGGACAAGAGAAUACAUCAGAAGAUCAAGAGGUUUAGGGCCAAGCAACAACUGAACAACUUUAUAACUGAGAUGGAUGACGAGCCUUUUAACCCAGACUACGUGGAGGUGGACCGGGUCCUGGACGUUUCAGAGAGCACAGAUGAAAAUGGAGAGGUGGUGACUUUAUACUUGGUGAAAUGGUGCAGUCUGCCUUACGAGGACUCGACCUGGGAGCUGAAGGCUGACAUCGACCAGUCAAAGAUAGAGGAAUAUGAACGCAUUGCAGCACGCACACCAGACACUAAAAGAGUGGAUCGGCCUCCAGCAGCUGAUUGGAAGAAGUUGGAGGGUUCCAGGGAAUACAGAAACGGUAACGCACUCAGGGAAUACCAGCUAGAAGGCCUCAACUGGCUGACCUUUAACUGGUACAACUCACGUAACUGUAUUUUGGCUGAUGAGAUGGGUCUGGGAAAGACCAUCCAGUCGAUCACAUUCCUCUACGAGAUUUACAUGAAGGGCAUUGAGGGGCCGUUCCUUGUAAUCGCCCCGCUCUCAACCAUCCCAAACUGGGAGAGGGAAUUCAGGACUUGGACUGAGCUCAACGCAGUGGUCUACCAUGGCAGCCAGGCCAGCCGCAAGACCAUCCAGGCUUAUGAGAUGUACUACAGAGACGCACAGGGUAAGGUCAUAAAGGGAGUGUACCGAUUCCACGCCGUGAUAACCACGUUUGAGAUGAUCCUGGCCGACUGUCCAGAGCUUCGAAGUGUGCCGUGGCGCUGUGUGGUGAUCGAUGAAGCCCACCGCCUCAAAAACCGAAACUGCAAACUCCUGGAAGGACUCAAAAUGAUGGACAUGGAACACAAAGUUCUGUUGACGGGAACGCCCCUCCAGAACACCGUCGAGGAGCUCUUUAGUCUACUCAACUUCCUGGAGCCUGAACGAUUCCCGUCCGAACAAACAUUCAUGACUGAAUUUGGAGACCUUAAAACUGAGGAACAGGUCCAGAAACUGCAGGGCAUUCUGAAGCCCAUGAUGUUGAGAAGACUGAAAGAAGAUGUGGAGAAGAACCUGGCCCCCAAAGAGGAGACCAUCAUUGAGGUGGAGCUGACCAACAUUCAGAAGAAAUACUACCGGGCCAUCCUGGAGAAGAACUUCUCCUUCCUGUCUAAAGGAGGUGGUGGGGGAGGGGGAGGGGGUGGUGGAGGAUCCAAUGUCCCCAACCUCCUCAACACAAUGAUGGAGCUAAGGAAAUGCUGCAACCAUCCCUACCUCAUUAAUGGAGCGGAAGAAAAGAUUGCGGAGGAGUUCAGAGAGUUACAUGGUGGCAGGACAGACAUGCCUGAUAUGGCUCUCCAAGCCAUGAUCCAGGCUGCUGGGAAGCUGGUGCUCAUUGACAAGCUGCUCCCCAAGCUGAAGGCCGGCGGACACAGGGUUCUGGUUUUCAGUCAGAUGGUCCGCUGUCUAGAUAUCCUGGAGGACUACCUCAUCCAGAAACGGUAUCCCUACGAGCGCAUAGACGGCAGAGUUCGUGGAAACCUGCGACAGGCAGCUAUCGACCGGUUCUCCAGACCUGACUCCGACCGCUUUGUCUUCCUUCUGUGUACGAGAGCUGGAGGACUGGGCAUCAACCUGACUGCAGCCGAUACCUGCAUCAUCUUUGACUCUGACUGGAACCCUCAGAAUGACUUACAGGCCCAGGCCAGAUGUCAUCGUAUCGGUCAGUCCAAGGCGGUGAAGAUCUACCGUCUGAUCACCAGGAACAGCUACGAAAGGGAAAUGUUUGACAAGGCCAGUCUCAAGCUGGGCCUGGACAAAGCCGUCCUCCAGAGUAUGAGCGGACGAGAGAACGCCAACAGUGGGGUCCAGCAGCUGUCAAAGAAGGAGAUCGAGGAUCUUCUGAGAAAGGGGGCCUAUGGAGCUCUGAUGGACGAGGAAGACGAAGGAUCUAAAUUCUGUGAGGAAGAUAUUGACCAGAUCCUUCAGAGACGAACCCACACCAUCACCAUCGAGUCUGAGGGCAAGGGCUCUACCUUUGCUAAGGCCAGUUUUGUUGCAGCAGGUAACCGAACAGACAUAUCUCUGGAAGAUCCAGACUUCUGGCAGAAAUGGGCCAAAAAGGCUGAACUGGACCUCGAUGCCAUCAAUGGACGGAACACACUUGUGAUUGACACGCCAAGAGUGAGGAAGCAGACUCGGCAUUACAGCAGCGUCAAAGAGGAUGAGAUGCUGGAGUUCUCCGAGCUGGAGAGUGAUGAGGAUGAGCAAAGUAAACCUUCAUCCAAACCCCGCCGACCCCAAGACAAAACCCAGGGCUACCCCCGGUCCGAGUGCUUCAGAGUGGAGAAGAACCUGCUGGUCUAUGGCUGGGGUAGGUGGGGUGACAUCCUCACCCAUGGCCGCUUCAAGCGUCCCCUUAAAGAGAGCGAUGUGGAAACGAUCUGCCGGGCCCUCCUGGCUUACUGCCUGCUGCAUUACCGAGGUGACGAGAAUAUUAAGAGCUUUAUCUGGGACCUGAUUACUCCAAGUGAAGACGGAACCACGAAGACACUCACCAACCACUCAGGUCUCUCCACCCCAGUCCCCCGGGGAAGGAAGGGCAAGAAGGGGAAGCUACCGGCCCCGCCUCCGCAGACUCCGCGAGCCGAUUGGCUAGCCAGCUGCAACCCUGACCACUUACUGCAAGAAGACAGCUACAAGAGACACCUGAAACAUCACUGCAACAAGGUGCUGCUGAGGGUGAGGAUGCUGUAUUAUCUCCGGCAGGAGGUCAUUGGUGACCAGGCUGGGCGGAUACUGGAAGGAGCGGACUCCAGUGAGCUGGAUAUCUGGAUUCCUCACCCGUUUCAUGCCGAGAUCCCAGCUGACUGGUGGGACAGUGACGCUGACAAAUCCUUGCUCAUCGGUGUCUUCAAACAUGGCUAUGAGAAGUACAACUCCAUGAGAGCUGACCCCGCCCUGGGUUUUUUGGAGCGGGUGGGCAUGCCGGACGCCAAGGCUAUCGCUGCUGAGCAGAGGGGUGCUGACAUGAUGGCGGAGGGUGUUGAGGGUGAGGAUGAGGAUCCGGAGUACAAGCCUCUGCGGAUGCCUUUUAAAGAUGACAUGGAUGAUUUCACCAACUCUCCUCUGGAUGACAAGGAAGAGACGGUGGAAGGAGAAGCUGAAGCCAAACCAGGAGAGAACGGUCAAACUGCGGCUCUUUUGGGUGGCUCCUCAGGCCCGAAUGAACAGCUCUACUGGCCGGCAGCCUCAGCCUUGACGGCCCGUUUACGUCGCCUCAUCACAGCCUACCAACGCUCCAACCGCAGAGAGCAGCUCCGCCAGGAGGCCCUAAAUCGCCCUGACGGUCGCCGAAGGAGACGCAGGGACUUCCUGCCUUCCAUUACCAUGGUUACCGAUACAAGCGGAGGAGCGGCUUAUAUCCAUGACGGCGCAGGGGUGUUCUUGACAGAAGGAAACCCGUAUCUGGCCAAAGGAAGCGCUUUCUUUGCUAAAGGUGGACAGUUCAUGGCGGAGGCAUCCCCCGUGGUCACCGCCAGCUCUCUGAUGGCCGAUGGAGCGCUGUACUUCAAGGAGAGGAGACAGAGAUGGACUCGUCGCGAGGAGGCUGACUUCUACCGGGUCGUUUCUACGUUUGGAGUCGUUUUUGACCCUCAGCAUCAGAAGUUUGAUUGGACACAGUUCAGGGCCUUUGCUCGACUGGACAAAAAGACUGACGAGAGCUUGGAGAAAUAUUACUACUCCUUCAUUGCCAUGUGCAAACGUGUCUGCAGGAUGCAGGUCAAGCCCGAAACAGCAGCAGAACUCCCAGAUCCAACCUUGAUCAUCGACCCCAUCACAGAGGAGCGCGCCUCACGUACCCUCUACCGCAUUGAGCUGCUGCGCCGCAUCAGAGAACAAGUUCUCCCACACCCUCAGCUCUCAGAGCGCCUCAAGCUCUGCCAGCCCUCCGCAGACCUUCCAGAGUGGUGGGAGUGUGGCCGCCACGACCGGGACCUCCUCCUAGGGGCCUCCAAACAUGGCGUUAGCCGGACAGAUUAUCACAUCUUAAACGACCCGACUUUAGCCUUCCUGGAGGCCCAUCAGCGCUUUACCAGCCAGAAAGGAACUGGUGUUGGUAUGGGAGGCUAUGGAGACGUCACAAAAGUUGGGAUGGGAGCAGCAGAGAGCACCUCCGCACCCCUCCUCACCCCUGCAGAGCUGGCUAGUGCCUCAGCUGCUGCCAAGCGUGCUUUAAAAGAGGAAGGAGAAGAAGGGAAUGAGGGGAAGAUGGAGGAAGCAGAGACGGCAGUGAAAAUGGAAACUGAUGGAGGGGAUAUUCCAUGUACCAAGACUGAGACUCCUCCUCUGCAGAAAGAUGAAGAAGAAGGGAAAGAUGAAGCUGCUGCUCCACUGGUGAAGGACUUAAAGGAGGAUGAGGAGGCCCAACAGAAAGUCAAAGAGGAGCAGAAUGGACAAGGACAGAAUACUUCCAUGAUGAAACAGGAGCAGGACAAGGCCUUGGUGGAGAAAACUCCUCCUGACACUCAGAAGGAGGAGACCACGGAUCUCUCAGUACGUCAUGACACCUCUCCUGAAACACAGCCGGUCAACAAGGCAGCAGAGGAGGUAGAAGGGGAGGAGCAGGAAAAUGCUGAGUCUCCCAAAUCUCCCAAGUCAGCUGACACAGAGAAAAGUCCAGAGGAGGAGGAGGAAGACAGGAUGGAUGAAGACGACAAAUCAGAGAAAUCCUCUCAGGCUGAAGCGAGUGCAGCAUCUGAGCAGAAGAACUUUGACGAGGAGAGCAUCACAUCUCUGAGCAUGUCGGCCCAAAAUGAAACUAGGGAUGGAUUCUGCCCGGAUGAUCUGCCGGAAGCUUCUGCUCUGCAAGCUCUCCAGGAGCGCGCCUACGGCUUUUCAUUCUGGCCUAAAGAUCGAGUGAUGAUCAACAGAAUGGAUAACAUCUGUGAGGCUGUCCUAAAGGGUAAGUGGCCUGUCAACAGGCGCCACAUCUUUGACUUCCCCGGCAACCUGCUGCCAGGGCACGGUUCCUCGGUAACUACAGCAGCCGCAGCCAUGACGACCGAGAGCCCCCUGCAGAGGCGGAGCCUGGCUGAUCUGAAACUGGCCGGCGUCCAUACACCUUACAGUGGGAGUGAAGAGAAGACGCCAUUAUCGCAUAUUCAUGAGGAUGCCCUGAGCCUGACGGUCCCUCGACAGAGGAGGAGGAGGAGGAGGAAGGUGGAGAUCGAAGCAGAGAGGGCAGCGAAGAGACGUAACCUGAUGGAGAUGGUCGCUCAGCUGAGAGAAAGCCACGCUGCUACUGAGACCCAGAGCCACGCUAUAGACCUAACCAAGGGUAUGCAUCAUCACCACAAGGCCUCGCCCUCCUUAGCUGGCUUCCCCAGCGCUCUGGUGACGAACCCCGCCCUCAAAGCCCAGAUGGAGCUACUGCAGCAAGCCUCGCCCUCUGGACACAGAGCCAAUGGUUCACUCGAGGCUGACCUGCCCAUCAUGAAGAGGAGGCGUGGCCGCAGAAAAAAUGUUGAGGGCCUGGAGCUGCUGUUUAUGGGCAACAAGAGAGGGGAUGAUGCUGAGGAGGCGAAGAUUUCAGGUGCUGAGGGGGCUCAGGGUGUUGCUCAUGCCCAGCGACCCUUAACGGUCCACGAUCCAAGCCCUUGUGCCAGAUCUCUGGCCUCUGGUAGUCUGGAGGAGGACGAGGCGGCAGCUUCCAACAAAGAACUCGGAGAAUGGCUCAGGCAGCACCCGACCUAUACCAUGGACAUGGCUGGAUACACACCAAAGAGCGAGGAGUUAUUGCUGUCUCAGUUUUCAAAGCCCAAGCAGAAACGCCAUCGCUGUCGAAACCCAAAUAAGAUCGACAUCAACACCCUGACUGGAGAAGAGAGAGUGCCUGUGGUCAACAGACGCAACGGCCGUAAGAUGGGCGGAGCCAUGGCACCACCAAUGAAAGAGCUUCCAAGAUGGCUGCUGGAGAACCCCGAAUUUUCUAUUGCUCCUGAUUGGACAGACAUCGUCAAACAAUCAGGUUUCCUCCCAGAAGCCAUGUUUGACCGCCUUCUAACUGGCCCGGUAGUGAGGGAGGAGGGUGUCCGUCGUCGGGGCCGAAGACCAAAAUCUGAGAUAGCCAAGGCGGCAGCAGCUGCACAGGCAGCAGCCGCCGCUCAGGCUACCCAGGCCUCACUGGCCACUGCUGCCUCCUCUGCAGGAGGCAUCAACCCUCUGCUGCUGAACAGUCUGUUUGGGGGGAUGGACCUGUCGUCCCUCCAGAGCCUCCAGUCUCUCCAGUUAGCUGCUGGUUUGAUGGCGUUUCCUCCUCCCACUGACCCCAAACAGGCCGCAGCCGCCGCCACCAUGCUGCCCCUCAUGCUGCCUGGCAUGGGCGGUCUGACAAACAUGGCGACCACUCUUCCUAACAUGUUCGGUCUAGGGGGGCUGUUUGGUGGUAACCUGACAGCAGCAGCAGCAGCAGCUGCAUCAAACUCCACCGCCGCGUCAGCUUCAGGAAACGGCGAGAGUGAGGAGGCACUGGCAAAGAAAAGAGAAGGGGAGGCGAAGGAAGCUGGAGAGGACUGUGAUGAGGACAGAGAUGACACCGAGCAGGACGAGGAGGAGACGGGGGGAAAUGAGGAAGGACAAAAGAAGAAGAAAAAGAAGCUGGAGAAAGGGAAUGAGGAAGGAUCAGAGAAGACUGAGAAAUCAGGGAAUAGUGUCACUCCUGCUCCUCAGAUCUCAGCAGCUGAGUCCUCGGCUGAACUGUCCCUCAACGGUGAUGCUGCAGCUCUGUUAGCUGCAGCCGGCAUGUCAGCCAAUUCUCUAGCCUUCAAUCCCUUCCUCCUGUCCACCAUGGCCCCUGGCCUCCUCUACCCCUCAAUGUUCCUACCUCCAGGCCUCGGGGGCCUCAGCCUCCCUGGCUUUCCCACUGCCUCCACACUGGCCGAGCUGCAGAGCGCCAUGGCCGGUGCACUGGGUGGCAACAUCUUGACCACAAACCCCCCAAGGGACCAGGAGGAGAAGAAGAGCGUGCUGAAAGCUGCAGGAGAGGAGGAGGAUGACGACGAUGACGAGGAGGAAGAGGAGGCGGGUGGAGGAGAUAGUGACUUGGCUGAGGACAAGGAGGUCGGAGCAAACGAGGCGAGGGACGAGGAUUCAGUCCUGGAGGAUGGAGGCAUGGAGGAUGACGAGGUGAAGGAGGCAGCGGUGGCGGCGGCAUCUCCACAGAAGGUCAAGAGUGACUGAAAUGAAACAAAGUGACUGGCCUUGGACAUUUCUUCCUCUCCUGUCACGGCUCCACCACAAAUAUCCAAACUAUUAUCGAUCCUCUUCUUUUUCCCAGCGUUGUUGAGUUCUCUUUAACUAUUUGAUGUUUAUAUUUUGGCCAAGUAUAUUUACUAUGCGUCAGAGAGGCUGAGGGGUGUGGUUAACUCUCAGAUCGAUAGUGUAGUCAGGGAAAAUCCUCAUAGCCACUCACUCAGAGCUUUGCCUCUGCAGAGACUGUUGUUUCUCUGUCUGGUUAGCGUGUGCGUUGUGAAUGAUGCACUCAUACUUUUCUCCAGCAGACCCUCAGAUAGUUCCAUCAGUAAUAUAAUUAUUCUAUUAUCAUUGCUGCUUACAGCUUUCAGAUCUUUAUAGUGUAUUUUUCUUUUUUUACUUUGGACUAUUGUGUUGUUUUUGGUUGUCUCAGCUAAGAGCGCCCUCUAGUGGCGCGUUUUCUACCAUCAGUUUUAGAUAAACAGCUAACCUAGCUGACACAACUGGACUUCGAUGAAGCUGUUCUGUUCCAGGUUUUUAGUUCUCACAUAUCAGACCAGAGAGUCUCUGAAGAGGAAAGAAGACCAACAUGAAACCCGGUCUCACACACUGACAAACACGUGUACUUGAUCAUGAGCUGCACACUCUUACAUUCAAAGGUCCAUCACUACACAUUCUAACCUCUGAAUUCUUUGUUCUGACUGUUUCUGAGAGGACGCGCCGCAGCGGCGUGUGCUUGUAAACUGAUCCAAUACUGUAAAACCCAGUCUCACACUGUUUGAUUAUCGGUCUUUCUACUGCCAUAUCUGAAUCCUGUUUCACUCUUUGACGUGGCAGGUGGGCGGUGCCUGCCACCAGGUAGACCCUCUGAUUGGUCCACUGCAUUCUGCAGAACCCAGCUGUCCCUGUUUGGAGUUUUCUGUGAAUGGAUUUGGAGUGUCGGUCCAAACGGGGAUGUGAUAAUUCAGGUUGAUUCUUUUAAGAGGGCACAACAGAUGGUCUAUUUCCUCAGCCGCUAUCUCAAUGAAAUAGUUUGUUGUUGUUAUUUUUUCCAUGUCCUGGUAGUUUCAGACCAAGUGCUGCUCUCCUUCUCUUUGAGAUCUGUUUCUUAGUCACACACUGACACGAGGCCUGGCUGAACAGGACUGAGACACACUUUCAACACAAACUCUGGUUGCUUUUUUAUUAUACUUGAAAAGUGCAAGUGGGGCUUGAUUUGUUUUGUUUCUGAGGCCAGUUCUAGUGUCUGAGAUGAAUCAAGUGCUGCUACUGGUAAAAAUUUUGAAAGUACUUUAAAACACGUUGUGGUCAGGUCUUAUGAACAUUGCUAUCACAGCCCACCCAGCAGAUGGAAGAAGGGGGAAGAGAUCAUUCUGGCUUUCUGAAACACAACCCGUCAUGGAAGAGCCGAGUUCUUCUCUCUGAUGCUGAGACAGCAAUAACCAAGGCAGCUUUUGAAUGUCCCAUUAUCACUCUACCAGCACACGCAAACACAAGAAUAACCACAAGUGUCAUGACUAGAAAAACAAACGUUCAACCAUGAUGAUGAGUAAGUACUGCAAUCAUUUAGUCUCCCUCUGUUCCUGUUGAUGCACUGGUGUUAAAAUGAUCAGGUACCUUUAUUACUUAGCUACUUUUCUUGAAAAAUGGACUUUUUGUUACUUUUAGCCAGCAAGCUGAAGAGCAUUACCUCAAAUUCUUAUCUAGCCUUGAAGUUUACAGACAUACCAUGUAAAUGUUUUUUUCCUUCUUUGUUUUUGGGUGUUUUGUCUUUUUGUUUUGGUUUUUGGAGACAUCAUGUAUGAUGAAUUGUAGCUAUGAUGCUUUUAAUAAAAGUGAAUCAUGAUAUUCGCCUA